AUGCCCGCUUUGGUUGCGUUUAAUCGCCGUUGGCGCAUUGGAAGUGAUGAUCUGUUCUUUCCAGCAGCAGUGGGACUAAUAAUCAGAGUAUUAUGGUGAGUUUUGAUCAGUUUUGAUUAACCAGAGUCAAUACUUACUCGCUGAUAGUACUGGGCUUUCAGUAAUUGUGGGUAAUAAAUUUUCGCACCACAGGGAUUUCAUAUGACAAACAACUGAACACGUAUUCAGCACAGAUCCGAGAAGAAUCAAAUAGUAAAAGCUACUACAUACAUUUACUACAUACUAUGUAUAACUGAAGAUUUUUGCUCGUGUAAAGAGGUGCACGUAUUACAAGAGAAGGGAGAAAAAAGACUCAUCAAUUUUUUGCAAUAGGUUGGUGAUCAUAUCCUUCAUUUAUGGUUUCCAAAUUGACGAGAUCAGAAAAUGCAAGGCUUCUCUGGAGUUGCAGGUGUUCUUCAUCGGUGUGAUUGUUUUAACCAGCCUGAUAAUCGUUAAUGAAAUGGCCAUCUUAUACGUCAGCAUGCAGGGAACAUUGACCAAUGCCAGUUCACGUCGACACAUGCCAAAGCUCUUGUAUUUUCAACUCACUUUAUAUUUUCCUGAACUGCUUUGGACAAUUCUUGGUACGUACUGGACAGUUAAGCAUUUUAGCUAUAAUUGUCAGCUUGGCUUGGUCGUGGCUGUAUGUGUAUCAGUCGCUCUGGAGUGGGCUAUCCUCUUGACUGUUUUGAUUGGAGCUUUGGUGCUGUUUGAUCCCUUGGGAAAAGUUCAUAGUGACCCUUUUGAACAGGAGUUUAGCUCCACAAUGCAAGAGUCAGCAAAGAAGGUAUGGAUUAGCAGUGAGCUUUAAUUGAUUAUAAAUGUGAAUAAAUGAAUGGGUAUUUUUUUUUUAAUCUCAGCUGAGCGGUCCCUUUGGUGCUAGAGGCUUUAGUUGAGUCUUUGCCACUUGUGUCUUUAGCCUAUGGCUGACGACGUGUUAGCCUGCUGCUGGGGAAGCUCCUUGUCACACACUGCAUGAGAAAAAACCUCUGGUACCCAGGUAGACGAGAGGGGGAGGAGGUGCCUAUUCAAAGGAGGGUGCUUAUAGUCAACCCAAGUCAAGCGUACCCCCCAAGAUUACAUUAAUGAAUUUAUUAUUCGAAAGUUGAAUCCAUUGGUAGUUGUAGAUUUCAGAUUCAUGUCUGCCUUCUUGCAUGCGUAAUGAGCCGUGAAUUCACAUGCGAUUCAGUUACGAAAUUUCUACCAGCUAAGUUUCCCUGAAUUUGACGUAAAUGUCUUGUAUGAAAUUUAACCCGUUUAAAGAUUUUCAAUCUGACCAAAUACAGAGAAGUUCUCGUAAAAUAUUCACUGCGCAGUACGCACGCAGGAAUGCCGAUUUGAAUUUAACACUAGUUACCAGAACGACUAAUGGAUUCAUUUUUCAAAUAAUCAAUUCAUUAAUAGAAUCUUAGGGGGUACGCUUGACGUGCCUCAACUGUAAUCCAGAGUGUUGCUUAUUAAGUUUCUCUUUCAAUGAAUGAUCAGUACACAUGUGUCUAAUGUUGCAACCUCAAAAAAAAUCUUUUCUAAUGGCCACUUUAUUCCCAUCUGCCUAAAAGCCACUAUUGAAGAGGUUCAACUGUAUUUUAAACUUACUGAUUUUGUCAUUUACUUAACAGCUGUGGGAAAGGAGAUGUCGCUUACUCUGUUGUUGUUUUGCUGGUAGAGAUGAUCAAUACUUAAGUGCUGUGUCUGAUAUUGCGGACAUUUUAGCAUCUGGACUCCAUGAUGUGGAUGUUGUGCCAUCUGAUGUGGCUGUUGGUCUUAUUCUACUGCGAGAAGAGCAAGACAGAGAAGACCGUCAAAACAGGGCUAAAGGGGAGGUGAGUGAAAAAAAGGGGCACUGAACUUUACUCCUCUUUUCUUUGACUUGAAUCUUUAAGAAUCUGUAUUCAUCACUUUUCCACCAUUUUUGAGAGAUUACAGUUUUUGUUUUCGUGAUGUUUUCAUAUUUUUGUCAAGUGUUAGACUGUGUGUUAGACUCCCAAAUUUGUAAUUUUAAAGGUGAUAAUUAGUCAUGUUAUUAUUUAAUAUUAAAAUAAAUAAAUAAAAACUAGUUGACUUGAGGAUAAUUUGGCCACCUAACAUCAUGUAAAGGCAACCUACUUAGCAAUGUGCCUCCCCAGUGAAACAUGAUAAUUUCAAAUGCAAAACUGUUUUCACAUUACCUAGACGACAUUGUACAUGUAUGGGCUAUCUUUUUGUAUUAGCUCUCAAGAAUGAAUGGUUUCUGAUUGAUUUCAUAAACUUUAUAGGGAGAUGCAAAUUGUUUCUUCACAUCACUACUACCCAUAUUUCAGAUGAGUAGUUUUCUCUGCAGACAUCAAGGAGAGUUUAAUAUUAGGGCUAAAGUAACUCCAUAAGAAUCAUGAGAUAAGCAAUGUAAAAUACAGCUUUACUUAAACGUAUUUAAGCCUGCAGUGUAGUCCUCAUAUGCCACCGAGCUACCUGCAACAUAGCUGCCGGUGUUACCUGCGAUACUGUUCCUAUGAGAACAGAGGUCACCAGCAACAGAGGCCAUCCCAGCUUUAACUGCUGGCUUCCUAUAAAGUUGACUCAAGUUAAACCAGCAGUAAAGACUUGUGAUGUUUCUUGUUGCAACAGAAUCUGUUUUCUUCACAUUCAUGUCGGUGGUAAAAACCUGCAAUGUUUCUGGUUACCAGUGGCAAUGUGUUCUCACAGUAGUUUCUCAGGUAGUACUGGCAGCUCUGUCGCAGCUACAACUGCAGCACGUGAGAACCAGGCUUUAAUGUACCUAAAGACAUGAAUCCCAGACAGCAUCAGGAAGCCUCUGACAGAGGAUCAGUAAAUGCAAGAGCACAUAAUUGCCAUUCAGGUCUUACUUUUUUUCUUCUCUUUUUUUUUCUGCAGAUGGCUCAAAAAGGCACUCCUGUAAAUCUGAAUGACCCUGUAAGUUAAGAUGGAGAUUUCCAUUGAUGAUAAAAGAAAGUAAAACAUUUCCUUGGUCAAGCAGUAUCUUCUGGCUAACAUUCUGUCUCAUGCUCUUUACUGAUUAUUCAUCAGUAACUUCAAAGACAAGUUUUCAAGAAGAAAACUUAGAAAAACUGUAAAGAAGAUUUGGAAACUACAAUUCAUGUCAUAUUGAUUUGAUUGGUUGGCUAUCUUGUUUCUGUUUCCUAUUUUUGUGAACUGUACAGUUUGAAAUUUUUCCACAAAUUAUUGUUCAAUUCUUUUGAAAUGAGGUACACUGUACCAAACAAGACUCCACUUUGUUUUUCUUGCUUAAGAUUGGAACAGUGAGGUUAAUACAAGUCUUAACUCUUUUUCUUGUUAUUCCAUGAUGUUUGAUUCUAGAAAGAGAAGUCUCUAGUGGAAGAUGCAGCUUAUUUUAUAAAAUUUGCCGUGGGAUCGUAUGGCUGGGCACUGUACGUGUUUAUGAAUCCUUGCGCGGGACCCUUGAACCUGUGUGGUGGAUUAAGGUAUGGUACUGCAGGGCUGCAUAUGUCACUAAGAUUUCUUGUUUCCAGAUAUAUGCAUUCAGUAGGAAGGAAAUCGAACAGUCAGGAAGUUGUGUUAGUUGUAUUUCUUUUGUUUUCUAUGAAAGUAGCCAGGGUUCAUGCUUAUAGUUUCAAAGGGAAAUUAAUACGUGGCUCCCAGCCUUUUAUGGUAGCCCUGUUAUUGUCAGUAGUACUUGAUAUGCUGGGCAAUCUGAAGCUAAGCAAACAAGCCUUAUACACUGUAGGUAGUAGAAGCUCAAGAGCAGUUUCAGGUAGUCACUCUAGUCAAAAAUCCAAGUCAUACUUAACAAAAAAUAAGCACAGAAACUGUGCAAUCUUGUAGUAGCCAAUAAAAGAAGCGAUGAAGUCAGCAGAAAAGUCCCCUGGUGCAAUUCCACACAUCACCCACCCGGUCCCCUACGUAACCUUAUUCAAAUUGCUAAAGGCCUGGGUACAUUAUGAUCUGCAGGUGCUGCGGGUGUUGUCGUCCUACCUUAGAACACAUCUCCAAAGAUAACUGCUGUCAUUGCAACUCCGCUGGCCUUAAACUGCAGACUCAACUGGAGGAUAUAGACUUGGUUUACUGCAGCUAUCAUAAUAAGGUGAUCGGGUGCAAAACUACUCGGUAUUAAUUGUAUGAUAGUCCUGUGUUACUUAUCCUGAAGUGCUCGUGAAGCUUUGAUUCAUAAAUAAUUUAGCAUUCUGGACCAAAGAGCGUGAUGGGUUUAAUCGUUUUCUUGCUUGUACUUCUUUGCAACUUUACUUUGCGUUAUUUUCCUCACUUAUAUGUGUUGUCCGUGACUGUGCUCACAUGGUGGGUGGCUUCUCCUAAAAUGUUCUGCAAUUGGUAUAGGAUUUAAUGGAGCCGAAACCAAUUGUGGAAUUGCACGCCUUUUAGGCAUCCUACUGAUGAACAGUUGCGACACGUAGAUAUAUAUUUUUUAGCAACUACUAUAAUUUGCAGUCUGUCCACUUUGAAUACCGCAAUUCAAUGCAGUGGUGGGCUAGAGAAAUGCACUUUAUUUGAGUGUCAGUGUAUCUAAAACACACUAAUUGAGGGCAAUAUUUUUACGUUCCCUACUGGAGAAGGGACAGCAAUUUUAUGUGGUCAUCCGAGCCACGCAAAGGUCUAGCCGACUGCAGAGAAAAGAGAGUACCUUCAUUUCUCAGUUAUUUUAAGACCCUGAGUAUUGGGCCGGCCCCGGGAAUGGAACCCGUGACCACCCGCUCUGCAGUCAAGCGCUCUACCGACUGUACUAUUCCUGCGUCGAUUAAAAGCCACGAAUAAAUGAAUAUUUUCGCACAUAUCGAUUCGGACUUAUCAUACUUCAUCCGCACACACACACAAGCGCUCUUUUGAGUAUCAAAGUAAUUUUACCCCGUAGAAUUUUUCAUAACGAUUGCGUUUUUUGUUUGUCCGUAUGGAUAGAAUAACGCAUCAAAGGUGUCCUUUUUUUAGGGGAGUGUUCAUCCAUGUGGAAAUCGCCGCCCUAUUCUAGAAAUCACACUCAUCAAACUUGAAAGAUUUUACGAACUCUUAAAUACAAAUUUUUUUUAUCUCCUGUCGACAAUCAAUUUUUACGUUCCUGUUCCUUAGUAAACAGGCAGAAUCAAAACGUAGUUGUCAGCUGGUACAAAAAAUGUACGUUGUGUGUUAGGAGUGUAUCUUGUUAUUCUCUUCACUCUUUACAACUCUUGCUUUUAAAAUGAUGGCUAAGUGCCGUUACGUUCUAAGAGUUCGAAGUCCUAUAUGUAGAGAAAUCUGGAUUGAGCGUCAGCCUUGUAUAGAUUGACGAUGGCUAGGAGUGCCUUUUAUAAUUAACCUGGCUUUCCUUAAAGUGACUUUGACUCUGAUCAAGCAGGCGCCCCAUUUCAAGUAGUUUAAAGAAACAAAAAGUUAUAGUGAACUUGGUUCUUUCCGAUUGCAAGUUCAGCAACCUAAUUUCAAGCAAGCUACUUGAAAAGGUUGUUUGUUGAUAUUCUUGCUGUGGCGUUUUCUAUUGUAUGUUUUCCUACUUUUGCCAAAAAAAAUUAAUGUUCUUACAGUAACAUUGUUUCAUGUUUGUUUACCGUUCAAAGUAUAAUAUUAAUAAUUAUAAUAAUGAUGGUGAUAAUUAUGAUGAUGAUGAUGUAUGGUGAUGAUUAUUACUAUGAUUAUUAUAAAUUGGUGGUCCUCAGUGUCUAUCUCAUUUCUCAUGCAGAGAAAUCAGGUGGUAUCCAUUACUUUCUUUAAUAAUUAAUUUAUUAUUGUAAACUGCGCAACAAGCAUUCUGACCAAGUUCCCCACACAAUGUUCAGCAGUAUUUUAAAUACGCAGAGGCUAGUGAGGUCGAAAAAAUCACUGAAGCAAAAUUAAUAACUCAAAAUAAACACAAAAAGACCAAGAAACUGGCUAGCUGGAGGCAAACCAGUUGGUUAUGUACAAACCUUGUCUAGGAUUGAAUUUUGCACUACCGAGAACAAAUGCGGCUAGCGCUUAGAGCGGGGAUUGAACUCGGUUCCUCCGGAUUGCAGUCCCUACGCCUUAGCCGUUCGGCCAUGCUUCCCUCACAAAUAAAUUUUAUUACGUUUUAUUGCUUCCUUGCAUGCUCUUUACAACCAUCGUUCUCGAAUGAUUCUAGGCUGUUGGUUUCACUGUCUUCUGUCAGUUGUGUUUUCGGCUUUCCUUUUCUUCGUACAUCUGCUUUGCCCGAAUUUGCAGCUUUUCCUUCGUCCAGUGCUUUUUCUCCUGCGGUCUUAGAAGUCUUUCUAAAGUACGCAUUCUUCACCUCAGUACGUCGCUGCCUUGGCAUUUUUUUCUCCAUAUCAGGCGGUUUUGAACGCCUUUGGGCACAUACUGCUCCAACGUACGGAUCUCUGUCGCGAAAUACAAAUAUCUUGUCCAGCUCGACUAAAAUUUCGUCCGAUUUUGAGACGAUGCUGUCGCCGGGGCUAUCGCUUUCAUGUUUUGCAACGGUACUCUGCUGGUCGUAACACAUUUGUCUAUCGAAGAGUUGCGCUGUUGAAGUUGGCGAGCAUCGGUCAAUUCUUGCGCCCAUGACACAUUGUCUGCCUCUAAGUCCCAAAGCCUCUUCGGGGUUUCUCGUUUGAUCGACCUUCGAUCUUUGCGGCCUUCCGCGAUAAAGCUUUCCUCGAGUCUUGCUUUCAUGGUCAUCCCAAGCCUUUCUAGUUACUUUUAUUUCCUUGCACAUCUUCUUAGCAAGGUUUGCAUUUGUUUGACUGGCUGCUUUUGAGGUGGAUAAGGACAUCUCUUGAAAAUUGUACACAAUUCCUAACUGAGCUCUAAAUUGGAGUAAGAUAAAACGAUUAUUCGCGUUUCAGUGAAUAUUUCCAAUCACCAUCUUCAAUCUUCAUCGUGCUGUAUUGAUUUACCUUUUACAUUUCCGUUGGUUUGUGGAGGUAAACAAAAAAGAGUUAAUUGCUUGUAAAAUGGCUUGUACUUUUGGCGUCCGUGCUAAUUAACUCAAUUAACAGAAUUCUAAUUAAAUCCCGCUUUCAAUGAAAAGAACGAAGCAACUAAGGAUUCAAUCGGCGUUUUUAUGCGGCAAUGAGUAGUUUUAACAAGUUUCUACUCAUUGAACGCUAUGCAAAUUUUUCGUGAUUUUGUUAUUGACUUAGCGUAAAAUACUAGCAUUAGCGAAAGCAAAUAAGAAGUUAUUCCCUUCGACACGUUAAUCUUUGUUUCUUGCGUCUCGAAUGAAUAGUGUCAGUUAAAUGUGUCGCUCUUAAUCUUACUAAUUUGCAAAUUCAAAGCUUAGAAGUCAAAAGUACCGGUAAAAGAUAGUUUUGUUUGUGAAAAAGAAGAACACGGGAAAAUGAAUAAAGAUUAUUUUAGCCUCAAGAGUAAACUCCUACGACUUUUCUUCAGGGAAGAGGAUUCAAAGUCGAGCUUUUUCCCGUGUAUUACUCAGUUUUACUAUUUUACGAAUGACAUUUUUUAAGAUGGAAAUUUUCCUCAGCAGUACAUUCGUUUCUUUUCGUCUGUCUCUGGACAUUUUGCAGAAUCCGUUUUGGCCUUUUUUAAUGUAAUCCGCAAUUGAAAGUGGUAGACUCAUUUAUGGCUCUCUUUAUCGUGAAUUUUAACUUCAAUUAUUGUAUGACCAGACAUUGUGGCGGCAGAAAUUUAAAAAAACAAUUUUGAACUUAUGUGAGAAUGUGUAGUAGGUGCAUAAGGGUAUAUGUCGUUAAUUCAAAAUGUUUUUAAUUUAAUUCCCCUAUUAUUCUAACAGGUUCCCCUUUGCAAUGGCUUUUUGUAAAUGGGGCAUUAUUUUUCACCCUGUUCCUGUGCCGUGUAUGCUUUUUAUCCAGGCCAUGUGUGGUUCGUUUGCUAAAGAAAUGUGGUUAAGCUUUUUUUCUUUUUUUCGUCUAGCUUCCCUCAACCUUCUCUCUUCGUUUUCUUUUCUCCUCCACUCAACCUUUCAAUCGCUAUCACUCUAUCAAAGCACUAUGAAUUAUGUUCUCCCCACCCCACCCCGGACAGGUGUGUACGUGUAAGGGCCCAGUAACGAGGGCGUUCUUUGGGUUUCGAUGCGAGGCACCUCACUUGAUUGACUUGUGUGAACGCUUUGUAACUCAAAAGUGUUUUGUUGUAGAUUUACGAGGUGCCGUUUUACGUAGCAGUGGAUCAUGAUAGACAAGCAGUUAUUGUGUCCAUUCGAGGAUCUCUCUCUAUGGAGGUUAGAAAAUACAACGCCAUAGUUUUAUUUGCGGAAAGAGAUUGUUUUCAAAAGAACAGGCAGAGACCCUUACUUGUUGAAACUGUAUGGUCGACACAGCGAAGAAGCAUUUGUCUUGAUUUCAGGCUAAUUUACAGUAGUAAGGUUUUCUUGAACAGUUUCUCUUCAAUGACAAACACUCACCGAUGAAAUUUACCCAUUCAAUUUAGCAAGUUUUGCGGUCGUCAAGGAAAAUUUAAUGGCGUGCAUGAAACUUAAGCGAGUGAGAGAGCCGUGGACAGUAAGCCAUUUCUGAAGUCUUAAGCCUCUAUUUCAAAGCUUAUCCUGGUGCCAAUCCUUUCUUAAGAAAAUGCCUUUUCAUUCCACGCAAAUGAAACUCAUUUUCAUUUAAAUAAUUUGUGCACCUGGCCUCGUUUUGAUUAAGAGGCUUAGAGCAACUCGGAACUGGGCUGUUGAAGGUGGCUCCGUAAUUAAUACAAGAGCAUUUAGCUGUGACAAAUUUUCCGUCAUAACUUUUUGGUUUUUAACGCGAUGGCUGCGAAACUUUGCAAAGAACAACAGAUAUCAUUAGGCAAUGAUUCGAAAUAUUCCGAGUUCACUGAUGGUAAAUAUUUCUCGAGAAAUUAGCGCUUAAAAGGACCCUACUGUUCAAAGAAAAUCGCGUCUAGUAAAAAUUUUGCUGAUAUUUUUACUGAAAUUUCUGGUAUCGGCUUUAAUUGAUAUAAUAAAUAUGCCAGAGGAAUUUCAGAAAAAUCGUUGGAGCAGAAGUCCGAAACUAAAAGUCGCUCAAAAUUCAGCUGUGAAAUUGUUUUGGAAUUUCAAAAAAAAAUUACCAUCAGCGAGAAGGAGCCACCAGUUUGAAUUUUCGGGACAAGUAAAUUCAGUGUUUGCUAAUUCUGAAAACAGAAGCCGAUUGCCUAUCGUGCUAUUCUUUAAAAGGUACUGUUCAGUUUUAGAAGCACUAUAAAUUGCUUCAAAACUUUGCUCUGACUUCGAAUGACUUGUUGUCCUUGUUCCUCGACAUUUUUAAAAUAUCCCUUGGCAGUUUUGGUUCAAACUCCUGCUGCACACAUUUUGAUGUAUUGCAAUGCAUCCUCAACGGCUUUUCCUGCUGUACGUUGUUUCCAAUUCAGGAAAAGGUAUUGGGAUUGUAAGCUACCUUGUAUCAAAGCUCAGAUAGAACUGUCCAGCACCUUUGUUUAUGACCAGAAAAUGAGCACGAGCGGCACUUGUGCGAGGAAUUCGCACCUCAGCCAGGGGGGACGAAUGACAAUGAUGCCCAUGUCUGUGAACCGAUCUGUAUAAACAUGUAUUGCAGAGCAAAACAUAAUAAUCAAGAAAAAAUACCCAUUCAUUGAGGGAAGGAGUGACAAAAUUUCAGAGUUGUAAAUUUAUUCACGGGCAGUAUUUUUGCGAUAAUUUUAUUUUGGACUGUGAUGUUAUUCGGUUCACAGGCAUGGUCAUCGAUGUCGUUCGUCCCCCUGUGUGAGGUGCGAAUUCCACGCAGAACUGCCGCUCGUGCUCAUUUUGUAGUCAUAAACAAAGGUGCUGGACAGUUCUAUCUGAGCUCUGGUACGAGGUAGCGUCCAAUCUCAAUACUUUUUCCUGAGUUGGAAGCAACGAACAGAAGUAAAAGUCGUUGAAAAUGCAUUGCAAUACAUCAAAAUGUAUGCAGCAGGAGUUUGAACCAAAACUGCCAUGGGAUAUUUUAAAAAUGUCGAAGAACAAGUAAUUCUACCUCAGAGCAAGGUUUGGAGCAAUUUAUAGUGCUUCUACAACUAAACAGUACCUUUUAAAGAAUAGCACGAUAGGCAAUCGGCUUUUGUU